AUGAACUCCGACACGGAAGAUGACGAUGGCUCUUCCGUGAUAUACACCUCACGCCUUGGGUCGUCAAGCAUCACCCCAAGCACCAGCAGUAGCGGCCACCUCAACGUCGGCGGCAAUAGCCUCGGGCAUACGUAUACACGCGCAAGUAGUUCGCAGAGUUUGAGGAGUCGGAUCUUCUCGCUAGCGUCGUCCACAUCCUCGCCGCGGGUGCGCGAUAAACCAAUAUGUACGACGCCGGGCGUGCUGUGCGCAGGAGAGACCGAGACCGAGACUGAUGAGCCUUCUCGCGCCCUCCCCACCGCCCGCAUCAUUCCCCCGUCGCUCCCACUUAUCCCGCCCUCGACGCUGGAACAGCGUCUCACGCCCCUACUUUUCGAAUUUGCGCGCCUCCUCUCCAUCGUCCCUGCCGUGUUUGGAACUUUGUACAAUAUUUACUUUAUUAUAUGGCCGCCAAAGCCAACGGGUGUGGGGCGGCCACCACCUGAGAGGAUAGAUUACUUCAUUUCUGCUCUAUGGGCUAUCCUGACAGGCUAUCAAUGCCUCGCCCUCGCCACGGGGCUCUUGACACGAUGGCGACUGUAUUACCCUCCGCUUUCUACCCUUGUUCGUCUCUUGGCGUUGCAGGGUAUCUGUUGGCCUGCUACGCAUCUCACUCUAACGAUGCUUGGCCAUGAAGUAAGGCCAAUUGUCACAUGGGCCGCCAUAGGCACGACGACGUGUUGCAGUCGAAGCAUCCAGAUAUGGGUGACGAGCAAUCUAUGGUGGGAACGGAGGGGGGCAGGGGAAGAUAGUAAUGCCAGUGUACCUCUGGGGGACACGGCGACUUCCACAAUGGCCGAUGGGUCUUCGGCGUCGACGGUAUCGCAUACACCACUGCAUAAACCUCCUGCACCUGCACCGCGGCAGACGUACUGGAAGCGGUGGGGAGGCGGUGGAAAGUGGGGUGGGCGCCGUUGGGACUGGCGAGAGGUCGGUGUGAAAUGUGCGCUCCCUGCUGGCGUGGUUUAUUUUAUCAUGGCUUGGGCCGAGCAGCUCCGACGCGAGUUGGCUGUGGGUGGGGGUUUGAAUUUGAGCAGUACGUAUAACGAGGCUGGGAUCGCACGGUGA